AUGGUUGACGCCGAGAAGCGGAACGAACCAAGAAGAACCCAUGACGUGGUGCUCGAAAGGAAUCAAAGGCUGUUGUUCGAUGAAGAGGGAAUCCAUCACUUCUGCGUCAAAGGUGGCGCUACUACACGGAUAGUUUGCAAGCGUUCGGCAGUGAAGUCGAUUAACUAUCAGCCUCUAAGGCAUACGAUUGACAUCGACACAGGAAGAGGCCUGAAGCCAUUCAAGACAUGUCGUGCAUUGGGCGUGGCUCAUAUCAAAGCAGCUGUCGAAGGCGCCUGCAGGGCUUUUGGAUACAUUCUCGUUGAGAAAGCUCCCAGCAAGCCGCCUAGUGCCGUGCCGGGAGAUGCUCUGUUCGACUCCCCGAGGUCUGCGAAAGAACGAAGUGCGCCCAUUAGAGGAAGAACAGCCAGCCCCGAGCGCGCGGGAACUGAUUUCGGUAGCGUAAUCGGUCUAAAAAGCCCAUCACCGACGCGCACGAUGCAAGCUCGACCCGAGCGGGGCCUGACGCCACAGAAUGGCAACAAAAGAUCGUACAUGGACACUGUUUUGAAGCCGACGUCAAUCCAAGAAGAGAUCCGCAGUUCGACACCGCCACGUUGGAAUGUCUUCGACAAGGAGAAUCAAAGGCCAGACCUGAAUAAGAUCAAGAACAAGAUUGGCAACCCUUCCUACCUCUCUCUGAAACCCAACUUACACUCGCCAUUGCAGAAGUCAUUCCUGCCGGAGAUUCGCGAGGAACGGCAAAGGGAGCCCCGGAAAAUUACAACAGCACAGUCGCCAAAAACAACUAAAAAUCCUACCAAAACUCUGGCUCGUUUCAACAAGUAUUCCAAGGUGACCUCAGCCUACUACGUGGAUGCAGCUGCGAGGGCUGUGUGUGAAAGAUCCAAGGGAGACAUUAUUCUGCGGAUUGCAGCGACAAUUCCCUCGGAUCGGCGAGCAACGGCGAAGAAGGAGCUCGCCCAGCCAGACAAGCGGCCAAGGAUCGCGACUUCACCGGUGCCGAGCCAUCAAUUCGAUUACAAGGGACUCGUCAAUCCUCACAACCAUUGCUAUCUGAAUAGUGUCUUGCAGAUUGUAUGCACGAGGCCGUUGUUUGCGUCAAGGGUUCUGGCGGCGAUCGGAAUGGUGGGAAGCGAAGCGCCAAACCAUCUCUCUCCUAUAUUCCAUACGCUUGAAGAGCUAUGCACGCGCCUACCCAUGUCACCGAAACAGGCUGCCAUCUUCCACAACAACCUAAGCCCUGUGCGUGUGGAGGAGUUAUCCAACCUACUCGACUACCUCGGCAAGAACUACUGCAACACUUUUCUGGAGAACAACGGGCGAGCACAACAUGAUGCACAAGAGCUCUAUGGAUGCCUCAUUGAUGCAUUGUACGAGCAGUGCGAGGGUAAACGACCGAAGAAUUUUCUGGCUACCAAGGCCGACGAUUCGAUAGCCGAGAACACCAAGUCGGAGCUUGUCACGGCGCUUGAGUCGGCCGAGGCUUCAGCUGACGUUGACGAGAGCAAGGUGGAUGACGUCGCCACUCAAGAUUCUGAUGAGGUGCCGGAUAGUCAAGAGCCGCCCCCUCCAACCCCACAUGCUGUCGACCCAAACAUAGACCAAACCGCGAUCGAGCCCAGCGUCGCCACUUCUCCACAGCUUUCCGACGGCCCUAUCGCAAAACGAAUCAGCACUGGUGCCCCGAUUUUGUCGGGUGCUCUGAAUCCGGCCAAAUUGUUCCAGUUUGAGCACGUGACAAGUAAAACAUGUGCUGCGUGUGGUAAGGCCCGUGCCUCUGAGGUGGCCCCUGAUUGGCAUCUGAUGCUGCCUAUUCCUACCAGUGGUGUCUACGAUCCGGAAAAAGAAAAGCUGCCCGUACAAUACCUGCUCGACCGAAAAUUCGCCGAAGAGGAAAUUGAAGUGAAAUGCGAGACAUGCAACGGAACUGACAACGUCCACAUUGCCAAGCUGCGACUACGAGAGUUCCCGACCUAUUUGAUGCUGAUGAUCGUGCGAUACAAUGGGGGAAUGAACCGCCUUCCGCAUGAGCUCAUCAUCAACGAAACUAUCAACAUGUCACGCUACUUGGAUGAAGGUCCAGCUCCGAAACAGCGAACGAUCGUCGACCUGGACGGCACUGACGACCGCUUCUCCGUCGGUUCCCAGCAAAAUUCCCCCGCCGAUUUCUCUGAUGAGGAAGUUACGCCCACAUGCGCCAAACGCAAGCGUACAGAUGAUUCAUUCAAUAUGUUCUCUGAAGAUGACGAUGGCGCGGGAAAGGAAACGCAGAAAAGGGCUCGGUACGACAAACCAGGGGAGAAGUCACCGUCUACAGACCCGCCAACUCGCGAAGAGCUAAUAAAGUCCUUUGCUGCUUUCUGCAUCCCAAAAUUUGAUGAUUUGUGGGAGGAAUGGACGUCAAAGUGUUUUGCUGAGCCGGGAAAUGGAGUCGUCGGAAUUUCGACCCCGGAGGGCAUGGCGACCUACACGUUCCGACCACCACCGUCACUUUUCUACACAAAUGUGUCGAGGGCUUUCAAUUGCUUUGGAAGCACGGAAGCUUUGAGAUCGGAACUCGGAGCGACAAAAUGCUUCGCCCCAACUGACCAAGUGGUCGAAACCAAAUCAAUCGAUGGCGACGGCAAUUGCUUGUUCAGGGCUCUCUCCUAUUGGAUCGCGGGCAAAGAAGAUAUGUACCGAAGGGUGCGAAAGAUCUUGUGUGCCUUUCUUCGUCUGCACUCGAAAAGCUUCGAAGGAUUUUUGACGCCUCACGAAACGAUGGAAGAUCAUUUAACGGCGAUGGAGGCAGACGCCGCAUGGGGAGGUCAGACGGAGCUCGCGGCGGCGGCAACGCUCUUUUCGAUCAACAUCUUCACGCUCGUCGAAAAACGAUGGCGUGUCUUCCGUCCGCUUUUCAAAUGGGAUCGCACUCAAAACAUCACCAGUUUGAAGCUGACAGAUCACACCCAUCACGCCUUCUACUUGAUCAAUCAAUAUAGUUGCCAUUUCGACGUGAUCACCGAUAUCAAGACGGCAACCGGCAAACCCGAGCACAUGUAUACCCUCGUUGGGGUUGCCAACCACUCUGGACGCUCCCUUCAAUCUGGACACUACACCGCAGCUGUGCGACAACUACUACCAAAAAGUUCUGGGGAGCUCGCCGAGACGUGGCUGACCUGCAACGAUGAGUAUAUCAAUGUGGAGAAUGAUCUUCAAGCGGCGUUGAACGCACGGAAUUCCCCAAGAAACGCCUACCUUCUGCUCUACCGACGCGGCGACAUCACCGCCGAGGGCGAGAGCGAAGAGCUGGAGCAGUACGUCAAGGAACACUCGGGCUGC